AUGUCAGGUCUUGCAAAUUACCGAAUUUUAAGUCCUCUUGGUAGUGGCACUUUUGGACAAGUAAAGCGUAACCUCUAUUUAGUUGCUGAGCACCUCCCAACCUCAACAAAAGUUGCAAUAAAAAUCUUAAAAAAGAAAACUAUUUCAGAAAAUCGUAUUCUAUCUAAAGUCAAACGGGAAAUAAAAGUGCUCAAAAAUUUCCGCUACUUACGAUAUAUUAAUUUAAGAUUUAAGAGCCUCAUUUAGCGUCCACUACCACAUCACCUGCACUAACUUUCAUUCCUUCUCGUGGUUCAGCUCUGCCGCUGCGCUGUGCACCACCUCGGUUGGGUUGUUAGCAUUUCAGCGGCUGUACUCUCAGCUCUCAGGCUUGGGCAUGGGUUGCCUGCACAGACAUUUCUAGCCGACUCUCGGCAAAAAGGAAAACUUUAAGCCUGGGGCGAAAGUCCUGGUUCACGCUGGAGAGUUGCCCGAUUGGCCUUGCUGCGACUAAAUGUCUUUCUGAGCUUCCCCUUUUCCAACUCCAAGCUCCAUCUUCCUACGAGGUAAAAUCAAUCCUGAAAAAGGACUAGGGCUGGGCUCCAUACGCUGCCGGAAUUGCAUAUAGGGGUUUCCCCUAUAUCUAUCAUUGCUGUCAAUUUUUGGUAAGUAAAACCUUGUCGAAUAUAAGUAAAUAUGUGUUCGAGGCUGGAUGGCUGGAUGGCUGGAAGACCAUGCCCUGGCUGAGACGUCAUAUUUAUUAUGCUCAACAUUUCCACCACUGUCAUAUAAUAAGACUCUAUGAAGUAAUAGAGAGUCCUUCGAACCUUGCCCUAGUCCUGGAGUAUCUCCCAGGAUGAUUUUUUAAUUUUCAUAAAUAAUAAAAAAAAUAAAAAAAUUAAUUAAACAAAAUAAAUACUCCCAGGUGGGGAAGUUUAUACCUAUUUGGAUAGAAAUGGAAAAAUCCCAGAAGAUCGAACACGAGUGUAUAGCCAAGCCUUAAGGAGGCUCGGGCUAUUUCGAUAUCUCCAUUCAUCAUCUGGGAGUUGAUUUUACCAACAAACAUUGGUAAAGCCAACUCCCUAGAUGACAAGUCCACUUCUUAUUAAAAAUUUUACCAUUUGGGAGUUGGUUUUUACCGACAAAUGUCGGUAGAAUCAAGUCCCUAUUGAUAUCAGGAGAUAUUUGGACAGCCUGACCAAAUGAAGACUCGAGCUAUAUAUACAGCAAAUAAUUUCAGGGGUUGAAUAUAUCCACAAUAUGAGGCUUACUCACCGCGAUAUUAAGCUUGAAAAUCUGCUCCUCGAUGAAUUCGGCAGCAUUAAACUAGCUGAUUUUGGACUUUCAAAUUUCAUGGCUGAUGGAGAUUUUUUAAAGACUUGUUGUGGAUCUCCAAAUUAUGCUGCUCCUGAAGUCCUGGCAGGACAAAAAUAUAGUGGGCCAGAGGUAGAUAUAUGAAGCAUGGGAGUUGUUUUAUAUACGCUUCUUUCUGGUUUUCUUCCAUUUGACGACAGCAAUUUAGCUUCUCUUUUUGCUAAGAUUAGAAAUGGAAAUUUUGUUAUUCCUUAUCAUUUUUCAGAACCCGCAAAAGACCUUAUACAAAGAAUGCUAAAUCCUGAUCCGAUUGCAAGGAUCACUAUAAAUCAAAUAAAAUGACAUCCGUGGCUUCAACUCAAUAUGCCAUUUAGGCUUGUCAGAAAAAACUCAUUUAUAGAUUUCAUAUCAAAAUCUACUACUAAUAGUUAUACAAUAGACGAAGAGCUGUUUCUAGAAUGCCAAAAACUUGUUGAAAUUGAUAAAGGAAAAAUUCAAGAAAUCCGAGAAGCCAUUAUAAAUAAAAUUGAGAACGAUUUUACAGUCUGCUACUAUUUGCUGUUAGAUCAGCAUAUAAAUGGGAAAAAAUCAUUAAGAGAAGACAUUAAAAUACCGUUAUUCAUAGCAGAUUCCGCUGUAAGUACCGCAAAUUCAUCAAGAUCAUCAUCAAAAAAUGAUUUUUGUGACCAAAAACCUGAGUCUCCUUCGAACUGGGUGUAUGGAUUCCGAUCCAAUUUAGAUGCAAGUCAAUUUAUGAUAAGCAUGUUCAGUUCUUUUAAAGAUUCAGGCCUUGAAUGAAGGUGCUUAAACAAUUUAAGCCUUAAUUUGCGAACGAUUUCCCAUAAAAAUAGGGUUAAAAUGCAUCUGAAACUUUACAAGUAUGAAAACAGCUAUGUUUUGGACUUCAAACUAAGGCAAGGAAAUUCAAUGGUUUUACUAGAAGUACUUCACCGUGUUUACUAUUAUUUAUAUCUUAGAACGUGUUAUUAA